AUGGCCACAUCUGCUGGGUAUGGCUGGCAGGGGCAGGGAGGGAGCCGGCUGGAGGUAGGGGCAGGUGUGGUCAGCAGCUUUCUCCGGCUGGGCUGGCCACCGCAGAGGCCUGGGCAGGAUGAGGAGGCAGCCGAGCCCAGCCAGGUGGAGGACGCUCUGUCUGAGGAGGAGGGUGAGGAAGAGGAAGACGAGGGGGACACAGUGCCAGCCCCAGCUCCUGCUCCUGAAGAUCCCGUGGAGCCCCAGCUGGCAGAGGCCAGCCAGGUUCUGGGAGCCUCGGAGAUCAGGCAGCUCAGCCUUCACCUCCCCCCGAGAGUCACUGGACACUCCUGGAGUCUGGCCUUCUGCACAUCGAGGAACGGCUUCAGUCUGCGGAGCCUGUACAGGCAGAUGGAGGGCCACAACGGGCCAGUGCUGCUGGUGCUGAGGGACCACGAUGGCCAAAUGUUUGGUGCCUUCUCCUCCUCGGCUAUUCGACUCAGCAAGAACUUCUACGGUACUGGCGAGACAUUCCUCUUCACCUUCUCUCCACAGCUGAAGGUCUUUAAGUGGACAGGAAGCAACUCUUUCUUUGUGAAAGGAGACUUGGAUUUACUGAUGAUAGGCUGUGGCAGUGGCCACUUUGGGCUGUGGUUGGAUGGAGACUUGUAUCAUGGGGGGAGUCACCCCUGUGCAACCUUCAACAAUGAGGUGCUGGCCCGGCAGGAGCAGUUCUGCAUCAAGGAGCUGGAGGCCUGGGUCCUGAGCUGAAGCCCCCAUGGUGGGCAGCUUCCCGAGGCAACGGAUGCUUGAACCUGCCCUGGAUGCCGGUGAGGCCUCCUUCACAGAGGGCAGUCUAUUCUGUCCAACACACAGAUGACCAAGUGUCUUAGUGUGGACUGUGGCUGUAAGCGAGCCCCCUGUCACCUGAGGACCAAGAAUGGUGACAGGCAAUGUUCUCCUGGAGGGCAGACUUUGAAGGACAGAAGGACGCUUAUACUCACCAGAGCAGCACAGAAUCCCUCAUGAGAAUCACCUUUUUCGAAAUUACACGAUACAUGUUUAUUGUAGCAAAACCAGAAGAUUUAAAAAAUUUUAAAUUGCCUCCCUUCAAAAUUCAGUCACUCUCUAAAACACGAACAUUUUCACGUAUAUCCUUCCAGACAAUUUUCCAAGGAGAUAUAUAUAUAUAUAUGUAUAUCUUAUAAAAUGGGACUCUAGUCUACAUAGUUUAGAAGUUAUUUUAACCUAAA